AUGGACCACGAAAGACGACACCUAUUAUGCUGGGCUGAGCAUAAGGAAUUCCACGUGGGUGAUUCUCUGAUCUUCAAAUACGACCGCAACGUCAGCGACGUCACUCAAGUCUCCGAUGCUCAGGAAUACGAAUUCUGCAACUCUUCUUCUCCUAAGGCCGUCUACAACACAGGACACGAUAUCGUGACUCUCACGGAACCAGGCUCUCACUACUUCAUAAGCUCAAAUCAUUCUCAAUGCGUUACCGGACAGAGACUCCACGUUCUUGUCGUCCGUGGCUGGUCUCAUCCAUCACUACCGAGAAAGAUCCUUCCUCUAGGAAAAACAUCAAGGUCGGUGAUUCCAACGAAUGGAGUGUUCCGAAGAGAGUGA